AUGGACUCCAACCUACGACCCCUUGUGUCCGUGUCACACUAUUGUGGGAAUAACAGCGAGACAGUGAGGGAUAGCAUAUUAAGUGCAGAUUCUUUGACUGACGAUGAGUUCUCUCUCUGCUCUGUGUCUCUACAGGCCAUUCGCUGCACACUGGUGAACUGCACAUGCGAGUGUUUCCAGCCGGGCAAGAUUCACUUACGAACAUGUGACCAGUGCAAACAUGGCUGGGUAGCUCACGCUCUGGACAAGCUCAGCACCCAGCACCUCUACCACCCGACCCAGGUGGAGAUCGUUCAGUCCAAUGUGGUGUUCGACAUCAGUAGCCUGAUGCUGUACGGCACCCAGGCCGUACCCGUCAGACUCAAGAUCCUCCUCGACCGCCUCUUCUCCGUGCUCAAGCAGGAGGAGGUGCUGCACAUCCUGCACGGCCUGGGCUGGACCCUCCGAGACUACGUCAGGGGCUACAUACUGCAG